CUUGACGGGCGGUCGAUGAGAGGUCGGUGCGCGCGCCUCGUCCAGCGCCGGCCGGCAGACGCCAUUCCGAGCGGAGUUCCCCUGUCGAGCGGUCGACUGCACACGCUUGCACUGGCCGAACCGUCGGCAGUCGUGCCGGCGCCGCCGUCGGCGAUGGACCACGACGAGGACAGAUCGCUGUCCCUCGGGACGGAGGUCUCGGCCUCCGUGCCCCCGCCGAGCCCUCUAACGGGAUGCUACCUGCUCGCCGUCAUCGGGGAGCCCCACACUCACGAGCACAAGGAGAUUAUCCUGCAGCGCUUAGUUAAAGGGCUGCUAUCAUGGGACGCUGGAGAGCACCAGGUCGAUUUGGAGAAGGAACUUGCUACCCUUACGGCACAGGCACCGGAAGGGGAGGAAGCUCGCUAUGGAGAGAGGCUGAUCCAGUUCGCCUCGGAGAACCUGGUGACGGAGAUCCUGAUCCACCCGCAGAUGAACACGCUGAUGCAGUGCAUGCGGAACCUGCUCAGCUCGUUCACGAGGCACAGGCACCUCGUGCACGCUGGAUACACCUUCGCCGGAAACGGCUCCUGGAUCAUGCAAGACGGGACCUUCUCCCUGGCAGACUUCACAGACGCAUACCAAGAGAACGAGGUCCAACGCGUUAUUCGCGCAUACGAGAACUCCAUCUCGAUCGAUGUCCACUGCUCUACCAGCGGCGGGGGCGAGUGGGGCAGGCUCCCCGAGAUGCCCUUCGUCAAAUACUGCAAAAUCAGGGUCAACCCUACUGAUAAACUGGACCCUAGCUCUCAGGCCAUCAAGGAUUUUAUCUCAUAUCUGAACCCGUACGUGGUUCCGGCUAGCUUGGAGCAACUCCUGGUUUCAAGCGACGUGGUCGGCAACAUCAGGUUCAGCCACCCGACGCUGUACGUGUUCCCGGGGGGUCAAGGAGACGCCGCAUUGUUCGGCAUUAACGGAUUUAAUAUGCUUGUCGACGGCGGUUUCUCCCGCAAGGCUUGCUGGUGGGACUUCGCCCGUCACCUCGAUCGCCUCGACGCGGUCCUAUUCACAAGACUCAACAACUGCUCCGCCUCGGGAAUGUCGUCCGUGCUGCGCAGGAAGGCCACUGCUAAUGUUUACCCUCAAAUCGGACAUUUCUUCUGUAACUUAGAGGAACGUCGAGCUCUUACGAGCCCUGAUGGUGACAAGGACGCGGAUCCCUUGCUGGUGUCCCUGCUCCAGGAGGGCUCGGACAUGAUGACAGACCUGCGCCACAUCAACCUGAAGCCCCAACAAUGCUACAGAAGCCCCGACCCCAUCAAUCUUUACCACAAAGUCGGACAUGGUACCCUCGACAUGUACGUCCUGAAUCCGUCCAAAGACUCUAAGCACGUUCGUGAAUUCCUAAAGAAAUGGCAUGGCAGCGAUCAGAAGCUUUUCGAAGGAGCAAACAUUUCUGGUCAAUUCAACUUUCCCAUACCAAACUUGGUAUCGAUUUGCGCUCUAUUGGUUUGGCGACCAGCUAACCCCGACGAUACUAUAACAAGAAUCAUGUUCCCUGGGUCAACGCCCCAACAUAAAAUAUUUGAAGGCCUUGAAAAAUUAAAGCAUUUGGAGUUUCUUCAACAUCCGACGUGCACGGGAAGACAAAUGACGCCGGCACUUCUACCACCUGCUUCAGUUUCAUCAACAGCCUCAACACUAACCGCGACGAAAACUUCCAAAAUAAUUUCAAGGGUGGGUAAAGAACGAAAUAUUAUCACUGAAAAAUUGAAAGAAGAAAAACAUGAAAUAGAGUCACUAAAAGACAAAGAUCUCCUCAAAGAUCAAACAGAUUCUAAAAAUAUUAUAGAUAACAAACUGCUUAGUGAAUUAGCCGAACACGAUGAUAAAAAAAUAGAAUCAGUUCUUCAUGACGCUAUAACAGCGAGGCUGGAAACUAAAAUUGAUGAAAAGGUGUCCGAAUACGAAACCACGAUGACAGAUGAAGUACACAAAAAGAAGGAUAUCAAAAAGGACAUCAAAAAGGUUGUUGAUAAAAAAAUGAAACGUACUGAUAAGACCGAUGAAGUGAAAGAGACAUCAAUUAAAGCUACUGAAAUAAAAAAGGCCGAUGCCGAAAUAAAAGCUAAAACUGAAACAAAAAAGAAGACGGAAACUAGGAGCAAAAAUGAAAUGGCAACUUCUACGAGUAGAAGUAAAAUAAGUAAUCGCACUACUAAAACUAUUGAAAAAAAGACUACAGCCAGUACGACAGCAGAUAAAAAAAUUACUAUGGAUGAAAAGCGAUCACCUGUGACUACGCCUAAAAAGACAGUUGAAACUAAAACAAUAGCAACAGCACAAUCUGCUAUUAGAGAUAAAAUUAAAACGAAGACUAGAAAAUUGAGUCCUGGUAGUACACCCGCUAAAAGUGCCAAAGAAGCGAGUAAUCGCAGAGUGGCCGAAUCUAAAUACAAACAGGCUUCGCCAAAACGUGACGCUCCUCAAAAAUCUAAUGACAAAAAGGAAUCCAAGCCAAAACGCGAACCGAUUUCAAGGAGACCAAGACCAAUAGCAUCACCCGUUAAAGGGGUCAAAGCAAUAAAGAGCCCCUCGAAAUCGGUUAAGUCUAUUAAAGCUGAUUCAUCUAAACUAAAAGGCCUCCAAAGAGUAAAUUAUGAAGAUAUCCUAAAAGAUGCAAAGAAAUCCGACGAAGAAACCUCUAAGUCUCUUGAUGACAUCAAACAACAAGAGUUUGACGAAAGAGAAGAACAAGAGAUUGUGAGAGAAAUUGAAGCAGUUUUUAACAGAGACAGUGAGGCUGAGGAGAAAGUGGAGUUUGUUGGGAGAUCAGACAUCGAAAAGAUAACUUGUUUACUCGAUAAUACAAAAACUGAAACGACUGCCGACGGUGAAUUUGAAGAAGAAUAUCUGAUUAUAGAAAAAGAAGAAGUUCCACAGUAUCCUUCUGAACCUGAAAUCGAACGUGAAAGUAGUCAUAAACAAGAAGAUGAACUACUUAAGCAUCUUAAGGACAAAGAAGAAUCAGAAAAGAAAAAAGAUGAUGUAUCUGGCCUUCAAGUAGCUAAACCUGAAGAAGAACAUCUUAAAGGUGAAAUUAAUUUAGAAAUCGAAGCUAAACAAGCGGAAUCUAAGGAACACUCCAUCAGUGUAGAAGAAAAACAGGACAUUAGCAGUGAAAAGAAAACGUCAGAUAGUAAAAGCGGUCCUGUUAAGCCUAAGGACUCACUCGAGCUGGUGCCAGAAUCACAUCCCGAUGAAAAAAUUUCUACAACAGUUGAAUCAGGAGCAACUACUGCACCAACUUUACCAGAAGAUGAACGAAUCACACUUGACGAUAUUAAAGAAGAUCAUCGAGUAGAAGAAAAGCACGUACAAGAAGAAACAAAGGAAUUUGUACCACCACAAACAUUAAUAAACAUUCCGGAGCCUUUGACGAAAGAGAUGAACUUGAAAGGUGAGGUACAGUCAGUACCUAUCAGAGAGAUCGUUAAGACUCCUGAUGAGGUGGCAGAUCUACCUCUUCAUGAAGAGGUAGAUUACCAAACGUUUGAAGAAAAAAAGACACCUAUCGAAGAUGAUAUUUACAAACAAAAGCCCGGGCGAUUUGUUUCUGAAACGAAGGUUCCAAAAGAUCUACCAAUUCCCGACAAAGAUACUCCAAUUCUUUACAAAGUUAUGAAAACAAUCGAAGACGACGUUAUAAUCAAAACUGUUGUAAAACCCUCGCAUGCUGAAAUUGUAACUGUGACUCCUGGUUCAGCCCCAGACUCACCAAUAUACCAACAGAUGAAACUGUCUUUAACACCUAGUAAAGAUCUUCAGCCAGUUAAGGAAUAUAGCGGAGAGUAUGAGUAUGGGCAAUAUACCGAGAAAUUAAGAGAAACUCAUAUCACCACUCUAGAUUCACCGAUAAAUGACGAUGUUAUAGUUAUUGAAGAAAUCCCUCACAUGCCUGAGAAGAUACCAUCAAUUCCUGAAGAUGUUGAGAAAGAAAUAGAAGAAGCUCAAAAGCUGGAAAUGGCUGAUAAACCUCCGCUUAGUCCAAAAGAUGUAGAGAAAAUUGUAGCUGACGUCGCUGAGGUUUUAAAAUCGGAAAAAAGUCUCGAAGAAAUCAUGGCUGGAAAAUCCCCAACAAUGAUCAGGAAAUCACCGGAGGUCCACUAUAAAAUUGAUGAAACGAUAGCUAAUACUGAAACAAUGACAGAAAUGCUUUUGUCGUCUGAAAAACAAGUAACAAAUAAUUUGAUACAGGAAAUAAAAAAAUCAAAAAUUGAAACAACCAGUGAAAUAAGUCCUGAUAUAGCAUGUAAAGAAGUAUCACCUAUAAGGUCUUUAACAUCUGAAGAAGUAAGUGAUGUUUCAGAUAAAACUGUUUUCAGCGAAACAAACAAAGUGAAAAAUGAUUCACCUUUACUAUUAGAGAAGGUAAAGGAUGAUAAAACCAAAACUACAAUGAAAAAGGAACUCUUGUUAGAAGAAACAGAAAAAAUAAUUGAAAAACCACAAGAUAUGUUGAAAAAUCAAGUAGGUAACGAAUUGGUUCAGAUUGAAAACAAACAAGACAAAUUUGAUAGUGAUCUAGAGAUAAUGGAGUCAAAGUCAAAACUUAGCACAACUUUACAAUCUGCCAAGACUUUAGAAAAGCUAGACGAAAAGCUAGCAAAUCUAAAAAGCAGAGAGGAAAUGCCAACACCUAAAGCAGAAGCCAAAGAGAAAAAAGCUGCUAAAAUAAUCGUUUUAACUAAAAUCAAAGAAUCCCAACAGAUAGUCGAUACUGACAUUCAAGAAUUCGACGCGUCUCAGUCAGGUACAAUCGUGGUAGAUGACAAAACGGAAAGCCACUUAGAUAAAAAGGCAAUAAGCUCAGUCAAGCCUGGCAUGAAGACACCAAGCCCUAACAAAGAUGAUGAGGGCACACCAAUGUCCAUCAAAGAGGGUGAGAAAGUGCCGAGCUCAAUCAAAGAAUUUGAAAAAGUACCAAUUUCUAUCAAAGAUGACACCAAGGUACCAAACCUUAUCAAAGACGAUGAGAAGGCACCAAGUCCUAUAAAGAUUGAAGAGAAGGCGCCAAGCUCAAUCAAAAAUGAAGAGAAGAAACCAGUUCCUAUCACAGAUGUAGAAAAGGCGCUGAGCCCAAUCACAGAUGAUGAAAAGGCGCCAGUUCCUAUCAAAGAUGAAGAAAAGGCGUCAAGCCCAAUCGAAGAUGUUGAGAAAGAGCCAAUGCACAUCACAGGUGAUCAGAAGGCACCGAGUCCUAUUAAGGUUGGCGAGAAGGUGCUGAGCCCUGUCAAAGACGAUGAGAAGGCGCCUAGCCCAAUCAAAAAAGACGAGAAGGCGCCAAGUCCUAUCAAAGAAGACAAGAAGGCGCCAAGCCCUAUCAAGGAAGAUGGGAAGGUACCAAGCUCUGUUAAAGAUAUGGAGACCACUCCAAUAUCCAUCAAUGAAGACGAGAAGGUGUCGAGCCCAAGAAAAGAUGAUGAAAAGGUACCAAUUGCUAUCAAAGGUGAUGAGAAGUCACCGAGUUCUACAAAGGAUGACGAGAAGGCACCAAGCGCUUUCAAAGAUGACGAACAGGUAGCAGUUUCUAUCAAAGAUAGCACCAAAGCGCCAAGCCCUAUCAAAGACGCUGAAAAGAGACCAGCUCUAAUCGAAGACGAAAAAAAGGCGUCAAGCCCAUUCGAAACUCUUGAGAAAGACGCUAUGCCCAUCAAAGAGGAUGAGGUGUCAGUUCCUACCAAAGAUGAUCUUAAGGCAACAAGUCUUACCGAAGAAGUUGAGAAAGCUCCAAAACCAAUAGAUCUUGAUGAGAAAGUAACAAGCUUAACUCACCUUGAUGACAUCAAAACUCUGUCAUUUGAUCAAACAGAAGAAGAAAGUACGAUGAAGAAAUUGGUUGAAAGUAGUUUUACGAGUGCCGUAACAACCGCUACUUCAGAGGACAUAAUUACACAUAAAGACCUGGUUUCGACGUUUUUGGAUAUGGAACGACAACUGAUCAGCAGUACAAAAACAACCCCAUCUAGUCAACUUGAACAGAUAAUACCAAGCUAUACCGAAAUUAAAGAGAAGAAACCGGUGCCAAUCAAAGAUGAUCUGAAGGAAACGAGUCCUAUCAAGGACGAUAAGAGCAUCCCAAUACCCAUUAAACAAGAUGAGAAGGCGCCAAGCCCAAUCAAGGAAGACGAAAAGGCGCCGAGCCCUGUCAAGGACGAUGAGAAGGCACCAAGCAAAAUCGAAGUUGUUCAGAAAGAACCAAUGCACAUCACAAGUGAUCAGAAGGGACUGACUCCUAUAAAGAUUGGCGAGAAAGUGCUGAGCUCUGUCAAGGACGAUGAGAAGGCACCAAGCUCAAUCAAAGACGAUGAGAAGGCACGAAGCCCAAUCAAAGAAGACGAAAAGGCGCUAAGCCCUAUCGAAGUUGUUGAGAAAGAACCAAUGCACAUCACAGGUGAUCAGAAGGCACCGAGUCCUCUUAAGGUUGACGAGAAGGCGCCUAGCUUUGGCAUAGACGAUGAGAAGGCACCAUGCCCAAUCAAAGAAGUUGAGAAGGUGCCGAGCCCUGUCAAGGACGAUGAGAAGGCACCAAGCAAAAUCGAAGUUGUUCAGAAAGAACCAAUGCACAUCACAAGUGAUCAGAAGGGACUGACUCCUGCAAAGAUUGGCGAGAAAGUGCUGAGCCCUGUCAAGGACGAUGAGAAGGCCCCAAGCCCAAUCAAAGAAGGCGAAAAGGUGCCAAGCCCAAUCAAAGCUGUUGAAAAAGAACCAAAGCACAUCACAGGUGAUCAAAAGGCACAGAGUCCCAUUAAGAUAAGCGAGAAGGCUCUGAGCCCUGUCAAGGACGAUGAAAAGGCACUAAGCCCAAUAAAAGUUGUUGAGAAAGAACCGAUGCACAUCAUAGGUGAUCAGAAGGCAGUGAGUCCUAUUAAGGUUAUCGAAAAGGCGGUGAGCCCUGUCAAGGACGAGUUGGCACCAAGCCUAAUCAAAGAAGUCGAAAAGGCACCAAGCCUAAUCAAAAAAGACGAGAAGGUGCCAAGCCCUAUUGAAGAAGAACAAAAGACGCCAACCCUAAUCGAAACUCUUAAGAAAGAGCCAAUGCCUAUCAAAGAGGGUGAGAAGGUGUCAGUUCCUAUCAAAGAUCAUCAGAAGGCAACAAGCCUUACGGAAGAAGUUGAGAAAGCUCCAAAACCAAUAGAUCUUGAUGAGAAAGUAACAAGCUUAACUCACCUUGAUGACAUCAAAAUUCAGUCAUUUGAUCAAACAGAAGAAGAGAGUACAAUGAAGAAACUGGUUGAAAGUAGUUUUACAAGUGCCGUAACAACCACUACUUCAGAGGACGUAAUUACACAUAAAGACCUGAUUUCGACGUUUUUGGAUAUGGAACGACAGCUGAUCAGCAGUACAAAAACAACAGUAUCUAGUCAACUUGAACAGAUAAUACCAAGCUAUACCGAAAUUAAAGAGAAGGAACCGGUGCCAAUCAAAGAUGAUCUGAAGGAAACCAGUCCUAUCAAGGACGAUAAGAGCAUCCCAAUACCCAUUAAACAAGAUGAGAAGGCGCCAAGCCCAAUCAAGGAAGACGAAAAGGCGCUAAGCCCUAUCGAAGUUGUUGAGAAAGAACCAAUGCACAUCACAGGUGAUCAGAAGGCACUAACUCCUAUAAAGGCUGGCGAGAAGGCGCCGAGCCCUGUCAAGGACGUUGAGAAGGCACCAAUUCGAAUCAAAGAACAUGAGAAGGUGCCAAGCCCUGUCAAGGACGACGAGAAGGCACCAAGCUCAAUCAAAAAAUGCGACAAAGAGCCAAGCCCAAUCGAAGUUGUUGAGAAAGAACCAAUGUAUAUCAUAGGUGAUCAGAAGGCGCCGAGCCCUGUCGAAGAAGAUAAGAAGGCGCCAAGUCCUAUUAAACAAGUUGAGAAGGCGCCGAGCCCUGUCAAGGACGACGAGAAGGCACCAAGCCCUGUCAAUGAUGAUGAAAAAGUGCCAAGCCCUGUCAAGGACGACGAGAAGGCACCGAGCUUAGUCAAGGACGAUGAGAAGGCACCAAGCCCAAUUAAAGAAGAUGAGAAGGCACCAAGCCCAAUCAAAGAAGAUGAGAAGGCGCCAAGUCCUAUUAAAAAAGAUGAGAAGGCGCCGAGCCCUAUCAAGGAAGAUGAGAAAGAGCCAAGCCCAAUCAAAGAAGACGAGAAGGUGCCAAGCCCAUUCGAAGCUGUUGAGAAAGAACCAAUGCACAUCACAGGUGAUCAGAAGGCGCCGAGGCCUGUCGAAGACGAUAAGAAGGCGCCAAGCACAAUCAAAGAAGUUGAGAGGACGCCAAGCCCUAUCAAAGAAGAUGAGAAGGCGCAAAGCCCAAUCAAGGAAGACGAGAAGGUGCCAAGCUCAAUCGAAGAAAAUGAGAAGGCGCCAGGCCAUGUCAAAGAUGCCGUCAAGACCCCAAGGCUUAUCAAAGACGAUGACAAGACACAACCUCCUAUUGAAGAAGAACAAAAGACGCCAACCCUAAUCGAAACUCUUAAGAAAGAGCUAACGCCUAUCAAAGAGGGUGAGAAGGGGUCAGUUCCUAUCAAAGAUGAUCAGAAGGCAACAAGCCUUACGGAAGAAGUUGAGAAAGCUCCAAAACCAAUAGAUCUUGAUGAGAAAGUAACAAGCUUAACUCACCUUGAUGACAUCAAAAUUCAGUCAUUUGAUCAAACAGAAGAAGAGAGGACAAUGAAGAAACUGGUUGAAAGUAGUUUUACAAGUGCCGUAACGACCACUACUUCAGAGGACGUAAUUACACAUAAAGACCUGGUUUCGACGUUUUUGGAUAUGGAACGACAACUGAUCAGCAGUACAAAAACAACCCUAUCUAGUCAACUUGAACAGAUAAUACCAAGCUAUACCGAAAUUAAAGAGAAGGAACCGGUGCCAAUCAAAGAAGAUGAGAAGGCGCCAAGUCCUAUUAAACAAGAUGUGAAGGCGCCGACCUCUGUCAAGGACGAUGAGAAGGCACCAAGCCCAAUCAAAGAUGAUGAAAAAGCGCCAAGCCCUGACAAAGACGUUGAGAAGGCACCAAGCCCAAUCAAAGAAGAUGAGAAGGCGCCAAGUCCUAUUAAACAAGAUGUGAAGGCGCCGAGCUCUGUCAAGGACGAUGAGAAGGCACCAAGCCCAAUCAAAGAUGAUGAAAAAGCGCCAAGCCCUGUCAAGGACGUUGAGAAGGCACCAAGCCCUGUCAAGGACGAUGAGAAGGCACCAAGUCCUAUUAAACAAGUUGAGAAGGUGCCGAGCCCUGUCAAGGACGACGAGAAGGCACCAAGCCCUGUCAAAGAUGAUGAAAAAGUGCCAAGCCCUGUCAAGGACGACGAGAAGGCACCGAGCUUAGUCAAGGACGAUGAGAAGGCACCAAGCCCAAUCAAAGAUGACGAGAAGGUGCCGAGCCCUCUAGAGGACGAUGAGAAGGCGCCAAGCCCUAUCAAAGACGUUGAGAAGGCGCCAAGUCCUAUUAAACAAGUUGAGAAGGCGCCGAGCCCUGUCAAGGACGACGAGAAGGCACCAAGCCCUGUCAAUGAUGAUGAAAAAGUGCCAAGCCCUGUCAAGGACGACGAGAAGGCACCGAGCUUAGUCAAGGACGAUGAGAAGGCACCAAGCCCAAUUAAAGAAGAUGAGAAGGCACCAAGCCCAAUCAAAGAAGAUGAGAAGGCGCCAAGUCCUAUUAAAAAAGAUGAGAAGGCGCCGAGCUCUUUCGAAGACGAUGAGAAGGCGCCAAGCCUAGUCAAAGAUGUUGAGAAGGCGCCGAGCACUGACAAGGACGAUGAGAAGGCACCAAGCCUAAUAAAAGAAGAUGAGAAGGCACCGAUCCAUGUCAAGGACAAUGAGAAGGCACCAAGCUCAAUCAAAAAAGGUGAGAAAGCGCCCAGCCCUGUCAAGGACGUUGAGAAGGCACCAAGCUUAAUCAAAGACGACGAGAAGGCGCUGAGCCCUCUCAAGGACGAUGAGAAGGCACCAUGCCCAAUCAAAGAUGUCGAGAAGGCGCCGAGCCCUAUCAAGGAAGAUGAGAAGGCACCAAGCCCUGUCAAAGACGACGAGAAGGCACCAAGCCCAAUCAAAAAAGGUGAGAAAGCGCCCAGCCCUGUCAAAGACGUUGAGAAGGCACCAAGCUUAAUCAAAGACGACGAGAAGGCGCCAAGCCCUCUCAAGGACGAUGAGAAGGCACCAAGCCUAGUCAAAGAAGACGAGAAGGCACCAAGCCCUAUCGAAGUUGUUGAGGAAGAACCAAUGCACAUCACAGGUGAUCAGAAGGCAUCAAGCCCAAUCAAAGAUGUUGAGAAGGCACGGAGCCCUGUCAAGGACGAUGAGAAGACACCAAGCCAAUUAAAAGAAGAUGAGAAGGCACCGAUCCAUAUCAAGGACGAUGAGAAGGCAUCAAGACUAAUCACAGAAGACGAGAAGGUGGCAAGCUUAUUCGAAGUUGUAAAUAAAGAACCAAUCCACAUCACAGGUGAUCAGAAGGCGCCGAGCCCUGUCGAAGACGAUAAGAAGGUGCCAAGCCCAAUCAAAGAAGUUGAGAAGGUGCCAAGCUCUAUCAAGGAAGAUGAGAAAGAGCCAAGCCCAAUCAAAGAAGACGAGAAGGUGCCAAGCCCUAUUGAAGAAGAACAAAAGACGCCAACCCUAAUCAAAACUCUUAAGAAAGAGCCAAUGCCUAUCAAAGAGGGUGAGAAGGUGUCAGUUCCUAUCAAAGAUGAUCAGAAGGCAACAAGCCUUACGGAAGAAGUUGAGAAAGCUCCAAAACCAAUAGAUCUUGAUGAGAAAGUAACAAGCUUAACUCACCUUGAUGACAUCAAAAUUCAGUCAUUUGAUCAAACAGAAGAAGAGAGGACAAUGAAGAAACUGGUUGAAAGUAGUUUUACAAGUGCCGUAACAACCACUACUUCAGAGGACGUAAUUACACAUAAAGACCUGGUUUCGACGUUUUUGGAUAUGGAACGACAACUGAUCAGCAGUACAAAAACAACCCUAUCUAGUCAACUUGAACAGAUAAUACCAAGCUAUACCGAAAUUAAAGAGAAGGAACCGGUGCCAAUCAAAGAUGAUCUGAAGGAAACCAGUCCUAUCAAGGACGAUAAGAGCAUCCCAAUACCCAUUAAACAAGAUGAGAAAGCGCCAAGCCCAAUCAAGGAAGACGAAAGGGCGCAAAGCCCUAUCGAAGUUGUUGAGAAAGAACUAAUACACAUCACAGGUGAUCAGAAGGCACCGAGUCCCCUUAAAGUUGGCGAGAAGGCUCUGAGCCCUGUCAAGGACGAUGAAAAGGCACCAAGCCCAAUCAAAGAUGAUGAAAAAGCGCCAAGCCCUGUCAAAGACGUUGAGAAGGCACUAAGUCCAAUCAAAGAAUAUGAGAAGGCACCAAGUCCUAUUAAACAAGAAGAGAAGGCGCCGAGCCCUGUCAAACACGUUGAGAAGGCACCAAGCCCAAUCAAAGAUGUCGAGAAGGAACCGGUGCCAAUCAAAGAUGAUCUGAAGGAAACCAGUCCUAUCAAGGACGAUAAGAGCAUCCCAAUACCCAUUAAACAAGAUGAGAAGGCGCCAAGCCCAAUCAAGGAAGACGAAAAGGCACCUAGCCCAAUCGAAGUUGUCGAGGAAGAACCAAUGCACAUCACAGGUGAUCAGAAGGCACCAAGCCCAAUCAAGGAAGAUGAGAAGGCGCUGAGCCCUGUCAAGGACGAUGAGAAGGCGCCAAUCCCAAUCAAAGAAGACGAGAUGGCACCAAGCCCUAUCGAAGUUGUUAAGGAAGAACCAAUGCACAUCACAGGUGAUGAGAAGGCACCAAGCCCAAUCAAAGAUGUUGAGAAGGCGCCGAGCCCUGUCAAGGACGAUGAGAAGGCACCAAUACCAACCAAAGAUGACGACAAGGCGCCGAGCCCUGUCAAGGACGAUGAGAAGGCACCAAGACCAACCAAAGACGACGAGAAGGCGCCGAGCCCUGUCAAGGACGAUGAGAAGGCACCUAGCCCAAUCGAAGUUGUUGAGGAAGAACUAAUGCACAUCACAGGUGAUCAGAAGGCACCAAGCCCAAUCAAAGAUGUCGAGAAGGGGCCGAGCCCUGUCAAGGACGAUGAGAAGGCACCAAGCCUAAUAAAAGAAGAUGAGAAGGCACCGAUCCAUGUCAAGGACGAUGAGAAGGCACCAAGACCAACCAAAGACGACGAGAAGGCGCCGAGCCCUGUCAAGGACGAUGAGAAGGCACCUAGCCCAAUCGAAGUUGUUGAGGAAGAACCAAUGCACAUCACAGGUGAUCAGAAGGCACCAAGCCUAAUAAAAGAAGAUGAGAAGGCACCGAUCCAUGUCAAGGACGAUGAGAAGGCACCAAGCCUAAUCAAAGAAGAUGAGAAGGCGCCGAGCCCUGUCAAGGACGAUGAGAAGGCACCAAGCCCAAUCAAAGAUGAUGAAGAAGCGCCAAGUCCUAUUAAACAAGAUGAGAAGGCGCCGAGCCCCGUCAAGGACGACGAGAAGGCACCUAGCCCAAUCGAAGUUGUUGAGGAAGAACCAAUGCACAUCACAGGUGAUCAGAAGGCACCAAGCCCAAUCAAAGAUGAUGAAAAAGCGCCAAGCCCUGUCAAGGACGAUGAGAAGGCACCAAGCCCUGUCAAGGACGAUGAGAAGGCACCAAGCCCAAUCAAAGAAGACAAGAAGGCACCAAGUCCUUUUAAACAAGAUGAGAAGGCGCCGAGCCCCGUCAAGGACGACGAGAAGGCACCAAGUCUUAUCAAAGAAGAUGAGAAGGCAACGAGUCCUGUCAAGGACGUUAAGAAGGCACCAAUCAAAGAUGACGAUAAGGCGCCGAGCCCUGUCAAGGACGAUGAGAAGGCACUAAGUCCAAUCAAAGAAUAUGAGAAGGCACCAAGUCCUAUUAAACAAGAUGAGAAGGCGCCGAGCCCUGUCAAGGACGUUGAGAAGACACCAAGUCCAAUCAAAGAUGACGAAAAGCCGCCGAGCCAUGUCAAGGACGAUGAGAAGGCACCAAGCCCUGUCAAAGACGACGAGAAGGCACCAAGCCCAAUUAAAGAAGAUGAGAAAGCGCCGAGCCCUGUCAAGGACGUUGAGAAGGCACCAAGCCCAAUCAAAGAUGACGAGAAGGCGCCGAGCCCUGUCAAGGACGAUGAGAAAGCACCAAGCCCAAUCAAAGAAGACGAGAAGGCACCAAGUCCUCUUAAACAAGAUGAGAAGGCGCCGAGCCCUGUCAAACACGUUGAGAAGGCACCAAGCCCAAUCAAAGAUGUCGAGAAGGAGCCGGUGCCAAUCAAAGAUGAUCUGAAGGAAACCAGUACUAUCAAGGACGAUAAGAGCAUCCCAAUACCCAUUAAACAAGAUGAGAAGGCGCCAAGCCCAAUCAAGGAAGACGAAAAGGCACCUAGCCCAAUCGAAGUUGUUGAGGAAGAACCAAUGCACAUCACAGGUGAUCAGAAGGCACCAAGCCCAAUCAAAGAUGAUGAAAAAGCGCCAAGCCCUGUCAAGGACGUUAAGAAGGCACCAAUACCAACCAAAGAUGACGACAAGGCGCCGAGCCCUGUCAAGGACGAUGAGAAGGCACCAAGACCAACCAAAGACGACGAGAAGGCGCCGAGCCCUGUCAAGGACGAUGAGAAGGCACCUAGCCCAAUCGAAGUUGUUGAGGAAGAACCAAUGCACAUCACAGGUGAUCAGAAGGCACCAAGCCCAAUCAAAGAUGUCGAGAAGGCGCCGAGCCCUGUCAAGGACGAUGAGAAGGCACCAAGCCUAAUAAAAGAAGAUGAGAAGGCACCGAUCCAUGUCAAGGACGAUGAGAAGGCACCAAGCCUAAUCAAAGAAGAUGAGAAGGCGCCGAGCCCUGUCAAGGACGAUGAGAAGGCAUCAAGCCCAAUCAAAGAUGAUGAAAAAGCGCCAAGUCCUAUUAAACAAGAUGAGAAGGCGCCGAGCCACGUCAAGGACGACGAGAAGGCACCUAGCCCAAUCGAAGUUGUUGAGGAAGAACCAAUGCACAUCACAGGUGAUCAGAAGGCACCAAGCCCAAUCAAAGAUGUCGAGAAGGCGUCGAGUCCUGUCAAGGACGAUGAGAAGGCACCAAGUCCUAUUAAACAAGUUGAGAAGGCACCAAGCCCAAUCAAAGAUGACGAGAAGGCGCUGAGCCCUGUCAAGGACGAUGAGAAGGCACCAAGCCCAAUCAAAGAAGACAAGAAGGCACCAAGUCCUCUUAAACAAGAUGAAAAGGCGCCGAGCCCCGUCAAGGACGACGAGAAGGCACCAAGUCUAAUCAAAGAAGAUGAGAAGGCAACGAGUCCUGUCAAGGACGUUAAGAAGGCACCAAUCAAAGAUGACGAUAAGGCGCCGAGCCCUGUCAAGGACGAUGAGAAGGCACAAAGCCCAAUCAAAGAAGACAAGAAGGCACCAAGUCCUCUUAAACAAGAUGAGAAGGCGCCGAGCCCUGUAAAGUACGUUGAGAAGACACCAAGUCCAAUCAAAGAUGACGAAAAGCCGCCGAGCCAUGUCAAGGACGAUGAGAAGGCACCAAGCCCUGUCAAAGACGACGAGAAGGCACCAAGCCCAAUCAAAGAAGAUGAGAAAGCGCCGAGCCCUGUCAAGGACGUUGAGAAGGCACCAAGCCCAAUCAAAGAUGACGAGAAGGCGCCGAGCCCUGUCAAGGACGAUGAGAAGGCACCAAGCCCUGUCAAGGACGAUGAGAAGGCGCCAAGUCCUAUUAAACAAGAUAAGAAGGCGCCGAGCUCUAUCAAGGAUGAUAAGAAGGCACCAAGCCUAAUCAAAGAAGAUGAGAAGGCGCCGAGCCCUGUCGAGGACGUUGAGAAGGCAUCAAGCCCAAUCAAAGAAGACGAGAAGGCACCAAGUCCUCUUAAACAAGAUGAGAAGGCGCCGAGCCCUGUCGAGGACGUUGAGAAGGCAUCAAGCCCAAUCAAAGAUGACGAGAAGGCACCAAGCCCUAUCGAAGUUGUUAAGGAAGAACCAAUGCACAUCACAGGUGAUGAGAAGGCACCAAGCCCAACCAAAGAUGACGAGAAGGCACCGAGCCCUGUCAAGGACGAUGAGAAGGCAUCAAGCCCUGUCAAGGACGAUGAGAAGGCACCAAGCCUAAUCAAAGAAGAUAAGAAGGCGCCGAGCCCUGUCAAGGACGUUGAGAAGAUAUCAAGUCCAAUCAAAGAUGACGAGAAGGCGCCGAGCCCUGUCAAGGACGAUGAGAAGGCACCAAGCCUAAUCAAAGAAGACGAGAAGGCGCCGAGCCCUGUCAAGGACGUUGAGAAGACAACAAGUCCAAUCAAAGAUGACGAGAAGGCGCCGAGCCUUGUCAAGGACGAUGAGAAGGUACCAAGCCUAAUCAAAGAAGAUAAGAAGGCGCCGAGCCCUGUCAAGGAUGUUGAGAAGAUAUCAAGUCCAAUCAAAGAUGACGAGAAGGCGCCGAGCCCAAUCAAAGAUGACGGGAAGGCGCCGAGCCCUGUCAAGGACGUUGAGAAGGUAUCAAGUCCAAUCAAAGAUGACGAGAAGGAGCCGGUGCCAAUCAAAGAUGAUCUGAAGGAAACCAGUCCUAUCAAGGACGAUAAGAGCAUCCCAAUACCCAUUAAACAAGAUGAGAAGGCGCCAAGCCCAAUCAAGGAAGACGAAAAGGCACCUAGCCCAAUCGAAGUUGUUGAGGAAGAACCAAUGCACAUCACAGGUGAUCAGAAGGCACCAAGCCCAAUCAAAGAUGAUGAAAAAGCGCCGAGCCCUGUCAAGGACGUUGAGAAGAUAUCAAGUCCAAUCAAAGAUGACGAGAAGGCGCCGAGCCCUGUCAAGGACGAUGAGAAGGCACCAAGCCUAAUCAAAGAAGAUGAGAAGGUGCCGAGCUCAUUCAAAGACGAUGAGAAGGCACCAAGCCUAAUCAAAGAAGACGAGAAGGCGCCGAGCCCUGUCAAGGACGUUGAGAAGACAACAAGUCCAAUCAAAGAUGACGAGAAAGCGCCGAGCCUUGUCAAGGACGAUGAGAAGGCACCAAGCCUAAUCAAAGAAGAUAAGAAGGCGCCGAGCCCUGUCAAGGAUGUUGAGAAGAUAUCAAGUCCAAUCAAAGAUGACGAGAAGGCGCCGAGCCCAAUCAAAGAUGACGGGAAGGCGCCGAGCCCUGUCAAGGACGUUGAGAAGGUAUCAAGUCCAAUCAAAGAUGACGAGAAGGUGCCGAGCUCUAUCAAGGACGAUGAGAAGGCACCAAGCCUAAUCAAAGAAGAUAAGAAGGCGCCGAGCCCUGUCAAGGACGUUGAGAAGGUAUCAAGUCCAAUCAAAGAUGACGAGAAGGCGCCGAGCUCUGUCAAGGACGAUGAGAAGAUAUCAAGUCCAAUCAAAGAUGACGAGAAGGCGCCGAGCCCUGUCAAGGACGAUGAGAAGGCACCAAGCCUAAUCAAAGAAGAUGAGAAGGUGCCGAGCUCAUUCAAAGACGAUGAGAAGGCACCAAGCCUAAUCAAAGAAGAUAAGAAGGCGCCGAGCCCUGUCAAGGACGUUGAGAAGACAACAAGUCCAAUAAAAGAUGACGAGAAGGCGCCGAGCCUUGUCAAGGACGAUGAGAAGGCACCAAGCCUAAUCAAAGAAGAUAAGAAGGCGCCGAGCCCUGUCAAGGACGUUGAAAAGAUAUCAAGUCCAAUCAAAGAUGACGAGAAGGCGCCGAGCCCUGUCAAGGACGAUGAGAAGGCACCAAGCCUAAUCAAAGAAGAUGAGAAGGUGCCGAGCUCAUUCAAAGACGAUGAGAAGGCACCAAGCCUAAUCAAAGAAGACGAGAAGGCGCCGAGCCCUGUCAAGGACGUUGAGAAGACAACAAGUCCAAUCAAAGAUGACGAGAAGGCGCCGAGCCUUGUCAAGGACGAUGAGAAGGCACCAAGCCUAAUCAAAGAAGAUAAGAAGGCGCCGAGCCCUGUCAAGGAUGUUGAGAAGAUAUCAAGUCCAAUCAAAGAUGACGAGAAGGCGCCGAGCCCAAUCAAAGAUGACGGGAAGGCGCCGAGCCCUGUCAAGGACGUUGAGAAGGUAUCAAGUCCAAUCAAAGAUGACGAGAAGGUGCCGAGCUCUAUCAAGGACGAUGAGAAGGCACCAAGCCUAAUCAAAGAAGAUAAGAAGGCGCCGAGCCCUGUCAAGGACGUUGAGAAGGUAUCAAGUCCAAUCAAAGAUGACGAGAAGGCGCCGAGCUCUGUCAAGGACGAUGAGAAGAUAUCAAGUCCAAUCAAAGAUGACGAGAAGGCGCCGAGCCCUGUCAAGGACGAUGAGAAGGCACCAAGCCUAAUCAAAGAAGAUGAGAAGGUGCCGAGCUCAUUCAAAGACGAUGAGAAGGCACCAAGCCUAAUCAAAGAAGAUAAGAAGGCGCCGAGCCCUGUCAAGGACGUUGAGAAGACAACAAGUCCAAUAAAAGAUGACGAGAAGGCGCCGAGCCUUGUCAAGGACGAUGAGAAGGCACCAAGCCUAAUCAAAGAAGAUAAGAAGGCGCCGAGCCCUGUCAAGGACGUUGAGAAGAUAUCAAGUCCAAUCAAAGAUGACGAGAAGGCGCCGAGCCCUGUCAAGGACGAUGAGAAGGCACCAAGCCUAAUCAAAGAAGAUAAGAAGGCGCCGAGCCCUGUCAAGGAUGUUGAGAAAAUAUCAAGUCCAAUCAAAGAUGACGAGAAGGCGCCGAGCCCAAUCAAAGAUGACGGGAAGGCGCCGAGCCCUGUCAAGGACGUUGAGAAGGUAUCAAGUCCAAUCAAAGAUGACGAGAAGGUGCCGAGCUCUAUCAAGGACGAUGAGAAGGCACCAAGCAGCCUAAUCAAAGAAUAUGAGAAGGCGCCGAGCCCUGUCGAGGACGUUGAGAAGGCAUCAAGCCCAAUCAAAGAAGAUGAGAAGGCACCAAGUCCUAUUAAACAAGAUCAGAAGGCGCUGAGCCCCGUCAAGGACGAUGAGAAGGCACCUAGCCCAAUCGAAGUUGUUGAGGAAGAACCAAUGCUCAUCACAGGUGAUCAGAAGGCACCAAGCCCAAUCAAAGAUGUUCUGAAGGCACCGAGCCCUGUCAAGGACGAUGAGAAGGCACCAAGCCCUGUCAAGGACGAUGAGAAGGCACCAAGCCUAAUCAAAGAAGAUAAGAAGGCGCCGAGCCCUGUCAAGGACGUUGAGAAGAUAUCAAGUCCAAUCAAAGAUGACGAGAAGGCGCCGAGCCCUGUCAAGGACGAUGAGAAGGCACCAAGCCUAAUCAAAGAAGAUGAGAAGGUGCCGAGCUCAUUCAAAGACGAUGAGAAGGCACCAAGCCUAAUCAAAGAAGAUAAGAAGGCGCCGAGCCCUGUCAAGGACGUUGAGAAGGCACCAAGCCUAAUCAAAGAAGAUAAGAAGGCGCCGAGCCCUGUCAAGGACGUUGAGAAGAUAUCAAGUCCAAUCAAAGAUGACGAGAAGGCGCCGAGCCCUGUCAAGGACGAUGAGAAGGCACCAAGCCUAAUCAAAGAAGAUGAGAAGGUGCCGAGCUCAUUCAAAGACGAUGAGAAGGCACCAAGCCUAAUCAAAGAAGAUAAGAAGGCACCAAGCCCUGUCAAGGACGAUGAGAAGGCACCAAGCCUAAUCAAAGAAGAUAAGAAGGCGCCGAGCCCUGUCAAGGACGUUGAGAAGAUAUCAAGUCCAAUCAAAGAUGACGAGAAGGCGCCGAGCCCUGUCAAGGACGAUGAGAAGGCACCAAGCCUAAUCAAAGAAGAUGAGAAGGUGCCGAGCUCAUUCAAAGACGAUGAGAAGGCACCAAGCCUAAUCAAAGAAGAUAAGAAGGCGCCGAGCCCUGUCGAGGACGUUGAGAAGGCAUCAAGCCCAAUCAAAGAAGAUGAGAAGGCACCAAGUCCUAUUAAACAAGAUCAGAAGGCGCUGAGCCCCGUCAAGGACGAUGAGAAGGCACCUAGCCCAAUCGAAGUUGUUGAGGAAGAACCAAUGCUCAUCACAGGUGAUCAGAAGGCACCAAGCCCAAUCAAAGAUGUUCUGAAGGCACCGAGCCCUGUCAAGGACGAUGAGAAGGCACCAAGCCCUGUCAAGGACGAUGAGAAGGCACCAAGCCUAAUCAAAGAAGAUAAGAAGGCGCCGAGCCCUGUCAAGGACGUUGAGAAGAUAUCAAGUCCAAUCAAAGAUGACGAGAAGGCGCCGAGCCCUGUCAAGGACGAUGAGAAGGCACCAAGCCUAAUCAAAGAAGAUGAGAAGGUGCCGAGCUCAUUCAAAGACGAUGAGAAGGCACCAGGCCCAAUCAAAGAAGACGAGAAGGCGCCAAGCCCUAUCGAAGUUGUUGAGGAAGAACCAAUGCACAUCACAGGUGAUCAGAAGGCAUCAAGCCCAAUCAAAGAUGUUGAGAAGGCACCGAGCCCUGUCAAGGACGAUGAGAAGACACCAAGCCAAUUAAAAGAAGAUGAGAAGGUACCGAUCCAUAUCAAGGACGAUGAGAAGGCAUCAAGACUAAUCACAGAAGACGAGAAGGUGGCAAGCUUAUUCGAAGUUGUAAAUAAAGAACCAAUCCACAUCACAGGUGAUCAGAAGGCGCCGAGCCCUGUCGAAGACGAUAAGAAGGUGCCAAGCCCAAUCAAAGAAGUUGAGAAGGUGCCAAGCUCUAUCAAGGAAGAUGAGAAAGAGCCAAGCCCAAUCAAAGAAGACGAGAAGGUGCCAAGCCCUAUUGAAGAAGAACAAAAGACGCCAACCCUAAUCAAAACUCUUAAGAAAGAGCCAAUGCCUAUCAAAGAGGGUGAGAAGGUGUCAGUUCCUAUCAAAGAUGAUCAGAAGGCAACAAGCCUUACGGAAGAAGUUGAGAAAGCUCCAAAACCAAUAGAUCUUGAUGAGAAAGUAACAAGCUUAACUCACCUUGAUGACAUCAAAAUUCAGUCAUUUGAUCAAACAGAAGAAGAGAGGACAAUGAAGAAACUGGUUGAAAGUAGUUUUACAAGUGCCGUAACAACCACUACUUCAGAGGACGUAAUUACACAUAAAGACCUGGUUUCGACGUUUUUGGAUAUGGAACGACAACUGAUCAGCAGUACAAAAACAACCCUAUCUAGUCAACUUGAACAGAUAAUACCAAGCUAUACCGAAAUUAAAGAGAAGGAACCGGUGCCAAUCAAAGAUGAUCUGAAGGAAAUCAGUCCUAUCAAGGACGAUAAGAGCAUCCCAAUACCCAUUAAACAAGAUGAGAAAGCGCCAAGCCCAAUCAAGGAAGACGAAAGGGCGCUAAGCCCUAUCGAAGUUGUUGAGGAAGAACCAAUGCACAUCACAGGUGAUCAGAAGGCACAAAGCCCAAUCAAAGAAGAUGAGAAGGCGCCGAGCCCUGUCAAGGACGAUGAGAAGGCACCAAGCCAAAUAAAAGAAGAUGAGAAGGCACCGAUCCAUGUCAAGGACGAUAAGAAGGCACCAAUACCAACCAAGGAUAAUGAGAAGGCGCCGAGCCCUGUCAAGGACGUUGAGAAGGCACCAAGCCCAAUCAAGGAAGAUGAGAAGGCGCUGAGCCCUGUCAAGGACGAUGAGAAGGCGCCAAUCCCAAUCAAAGAAGACGAGAUGGCACCAAGCCCUAUCGAAGUUGUUAAGGAAGAACCAAUGCACAUCACAGGUGAUGAGAAGGCACCAAGCCCAAUCAAAGAUGUUGAGAAGGCGCCGAGCCCUGUCAAGGACGAUGAGAAGGCACCAAUACCAACCAAAGAUAAUGAGAAGGCGCCGAGCCCUGUCAAGGACGUUGAGAAGGCACCAAGCCCAACCAAAGAUGACGAGAAGGCGCCGAGCCCUGUCAAGGACGAUGAGAAGGCACCAAGCCCUGUCAAGGACGAUGAGAAGGCACCAAGCCCAAUCAAAGAAGAUGAGAAGGCGCCAAGCCCAAUCAAAGAAGACGAGAAGGCACCAAGCCCUAUCAAAGUUGUUAAGGAAGAACCAAUGCACAUCACAGGUGAUGAGAAGGCACCAAGCCCAACCAAAGAUGAUGAGAAGGCGCCGAGCCCUGUCAAGGUCGAUGAGAAGGCAACAAGACCUGUCAAGGACGAUGAGAAGGCACCAAGCCCAAUCAAAGAAGAUGAGAAGGCGCCGAGGCCUGUCAAGGACGAUGAGAAGGCACCAAGCCCAAUCAAAGAAGAUCAGAAGGCACCAAGCCCUAUCGAAGUUGUUAAGGAAGAACCAAUGCAUAUCACAGGUGAUGAGAAGGCACCAAGCCCAACCAAAGAUGACGAGAAGGCGCCGAGCCCUGUCAAGGACGAUGAGAAGGCACCAAGCCCAAUCAAAGAAGACGAGAAAGCGCCAAGCCUAGUCAAAGAAGACGAGAAGGCGCCAAGCGCUAUCGAAGUUGUUGAGGAAGAACCAAUGCACAUCACAGGUGAUCAGAAGGCACCAAGCCCAAUCAAAGAUGUUGAGAAGGCGCCGAGCCCUGUCAAGGACGAUGAGAAGGCACCAAGACCAACCAAAGACGACGAGAUGGCGCCGAGCCCUUUCAAGGACGAUGAGAAGGCACCAAGCCCUGUCAAGGACGAUGAGAAGGCACCAAGCCCAAUCAAAGAAGAUAAGACGGCGACAAGCACAAUAAAAGAAGAUGAGAAGGCACCGAGCCCUGUCAAGGAUGUUGAGAAGGCACCAAGCCCAAUCAAAGAUGACGAGAAGGCGCCAAGCCCUGUCAAGGACGUUGAGAAGGCACCAAGCCCUGUCAAGGACGAUGAAAAGGCAACAAGCCCUGUCGUGGACGACGAGAAGGCACCAAGCCCAAUCAAAGAAGAUGAGAAGGCGCCAAGCCCUGUCGAAGUUGUUGAGGAAGAACCAAUGCUCAUCACAAAUGAUCAGAAGGCGCCAAGCCCAAUAAAAGAAAAUGCGAAGGCACCGAGCCCUAUCAAGGAUGUUGAGAAGGCACCAAGCCCAAUUAAAAAAGAUGAGAAGGCGCCAAGCCCUGUCGAAGUUGUUGAGGAAGAACCAAUGCUCAUCACAGAUGAUCAGAAGGCACCAAGCCCAAUCAAAUAUGUUGAGAAGGCGCUGAGCCCUGUCAAGGACGAUGAGAAGGCACCAAGCCAAAUAAAAGAAGAUGAGAAGGCGCCGAUCCAUGUCAAGGACGAUGAGAAGGCACCAAGCCCAAUCAAAGAAGAUGAGAAGGCACCAAGCCCUGUCAAGGACGUUGAGAAGGCACCAAGCCCAAUUAAAGAAGAUGAGAAGGCGCCAAGCCCUAUCGAAGUUGUUGAGGAAGAACCAAUGCUCAUCACAGAUGAUCAGAAGGCACCAAGCCCAAUCAAAGAUGUUGAGAAGGCGCCGAGCCCUGUCAAGGACGAUGAGAAGGCGCCGAGCCCAAUCAAAGAAGAUGAUAAGGCGCCAAGCCCAAUCAAAGAAGAUGAGAAGGCACCAAGUCCUAUUAAACAAGAUCAGAAGGCGCUGAGCCCCGUCAAGGACGACGAGAAGGCACCUAGCCCAAUCGAAGUUGUUGAGGAAGAACCAAUGCUCAUCACAGGUGAUCAGAAGGCACCAAGCCCAAUCAAAGAUAUUGAGAAGGCGCCGAGCCCUGUCAAGGACGAUGAGAAGGCACCAAGCCAAAUAAAAGAAGAUGAGAAGGCGCCGAUCCAUGUCAAGGAUGAUGAGAAGGCGCCAAGUCCAAUCAAAGAUAAUGAGAAGGCGCCGAGCCCUGUCAAGGACGUUGAGAAGGCACCAAGCCCAAUCAAGGAAGAUGAGAAGGCGCCGAGCCCUGUCAAGGACGAUGAGAAGGCGCCAAGCCAAAUAAACGGAGAUGAGAAGGCGCCGAUCCAUGUCAAGGACGAUGAGAAGGCACCGAGCCCUGUCAAGGACGUUGAGAAGGCACCAAGCCUAAUCAAAGAUGUUGAGAAGGCACCAAGCCCAAUCAAAGAAGAUGAGAAGGCGCGAAGCCCAAUCAAAGAAGAUGAGAAGGCGCGAAGCUCAAUCAAAGAAGAUGAGAAGGCACCAAGUCCUAUUAAAGAUGUUGAGAAGGCACCAAGCCCAAUCAAAGAAGAUGAGAAGGCGCGAAGCCCAAUCAAAGAAGAUGAGAAGGCACCAAGUCCUAUUAAAGAAGAUGAGAAGGCGCCAAGCCCUAUCGAAGUUGUUGAGGAAGAACCAAUGCUCAUCACAGAUGAUCAGAAGGUACCAAGCCCAAUCAAAGAUGUUGAGAAGGCUCCGAGCCCUGUCAAGGAUGAUGAGAAGGCGCCGAGCCCAAUCAAAGAAGACGAUAAGACGCCAAGCCCAAUCAAAGAAGAUGAGAAGGCACCAAGUCCUAUUAAACAAGAUCAGAAAGCGCUGAGCCCCGUCAAGGACGACGAGAAGGCACCUAGCCCAAUCGAAGUUGUUGAGGAAGAACCAAUGCACAUCACAGGUGAUCAGAAGGCACCAAGCCCAAUCAAAGAUGUUCUGAAGGCGCCGAUCUCUGUCAAGGACGAUGAGAAGACACCAAGCCCAAUCAAAGAUUAUAAGAAGGCGCCAAGCCCUGUCAAGGACGUUGAGAAGGCACCAAGCCUAAUCAAAGAUGUUGAGAAGGCACCAAGCCCAAUCAAAGAAGAUGAGAAGGCGCCAAGCGCAAUCAAAGAAGACGAGAAGGCGCCAAUCCCAAUCAAAGAAGAUGAGAAGGCACCAAGUCCUAUUAAAGAAGAUGAGAAGGCGCCAAGCCCUAUCGAUGUUGUUGAGGAAGAACCAAUGCUCAUCACAGAUGAUCAGAAGGCACCAAGCCCAAUCAAAGAUGUUGAGAAGGCGCCGAGCCCUGUCAAGGACGAUGAGAAGGCGCCGAGCCCAAUCAAAGAAGACGAUAAGACGCCAAGCCCAAUCAAAGAGGAUGAGAAGGCACCAAGUCCUAUUAAACAAGAUCAGAAGGCGCUGAGCCCCGUCAAGGACGACGAGAAGGCACCUAGCCCAAUCGAAGUUGUUGAGGAAGAACCAAUGCUCAUCACAGGUGAUCAGAAGGCACCAAGCCCAAUCAAAGAUGUUCUGAAGGCGCCGAGCCCUGUCAAGGACGAUGAGAAGACACCAAGCCCAAUCAAAGAUGGCGAGAAGGCGCCGAGCCCUGUCAAGGACGAUGAGAAGGCACCUAGCCCAAUCAAAGAUGAUGAAAAAGCACCAAGCCCUAUCAAGGACGUUGAGAAGGCACCAAGCCCAAUCAAAGAUGACGAGAAGGCGCCGAGCCCUGUCAAGGACGAUGAAAAGGUACCAAGCCCAAUCAAAGAAGACGAGAAGUCGCCAAGUCCUAUUAAACAAGAUGAGAAGGCGCCGAGCCCCGUCAAGGACGACGAGAAGGCACCUAGCCCAAUCAAAGAUGAUGAAAAAGCACCAAGCCCUAUCAAGGACGUUGAGAAGGCACCAAGCCCAAUCAAAGAUGACGAGAAGGCGCCGAGCCCUGUCAAGGACGAUGAAAAGGUACCAAGCCCAAUCAAAGAAGACGAGAAGUCGCCAAGUCCUAUUAAACAAGAUGAGAAGGCGCCGAGCCCCGUCAAGGACGACGAGAAGGCACCAAGCCUAAUCAAAGAAGAUGAGAAGGCACCGAGUCCUGUCAAGGACGUUAAGAAGGCACCAAUCAAAGAUGACGAUAAGGCGCCGAGCUCUAUCAAGGACGAUGAGAAGGCACCAAGUCUAAUCAAAGAUGACGAGAAGGCACCGAGCCCUGUCAAGGACGACGAGAAGGCAUCAAGCCCAAUCAAAGAAUAUAAGAAAGCGCCGAGCCCUGUCCAGGACGAUGAGAAAGCACCAACUCAUAUCGAAGAAGAUGACAAAGCACCGAGCCUAAUCGAAACUGUUGAGAAAGAACCAAAAUCAAUUUAUCUUGAUAAGCAAGAUACAAGCCUGGGUCACCUUGAUGCCAUCAAAAUUCAGUCAUUUGAUCAAACAGAAGAAGAGAGUACAAUGAAGAAAUUGGUUGAAAGUAGUUUUACGAGUGCCGUAACAACCACUACUUCAGAGGACGUAAUGACACAUAAAGACCUGGUUUCGACGUUUUUGGAUAUGGAACGACAACUGAUCAGCAGUACAAAAACAACCCCAUCUAGUCAACUUGAACAGAUAAUACCAAGCUCUACUGAUAUUAAAGACCAGGAACCAGUGCCUAUCAACGAUGUUCUGAAGGAACCGAGUCACAUUAAGGACGAUGAGAAGGCACCAAGCCUAAUCAAAGACGAGGAGAAGGCAUCGAGCCUUAUUAUAGGCGAAGAGAAAGUACCAAGCCCAAUCAAAAAAGACGAGAAGGUGCCAAGCGCAAUCAAAGAUGUCGAAAAGGUACCAAUUUCUAUCAAAGACAAAGCAAAGGCGUCAAGCCCAAUCGAAGUUGUUGAGAAAGAACCAAUGCACAUCACAGGUGAUCAGAAGGCACCAAGCCCAAUCAAAGAUGUUGUGAAGGCGCCGAGCCCUGUCAAGGACGAUGAGAAGGCACCAAGCCCUGUCAAGGACGAUGAGAAGGCACCAAGACAAACCAAAGAUGACGAGAAGGCGCCGAGCCCAAUCAAAGAAAACAAUAAGGUGCCAAGCCCAAUCAAAGAAGAUGAGAAGGCACCAAGUCCUAUUAAACAAGAUCAGAAGGCGCCGAGUCCUGUCAAGGACGACGAGAAGGCACCUAGCCCAAUCGUAGUUGUUGAGGAAGAACCAAUGCACAUCACAGGUGAUCAGAAGGCACCAAGCCCAAUCAAAGAUGUUCUGAAGGCGCCGAGCCCUGUCAAGGACGAUGAGAAGGCACCAAGACCAAUCAAAGAAGAUGAGAAGGCACCAAGUCCUAUUAAACAAGAUGAGAAGGCGUCGAGCCCCGUCAAGGACGACGAGAAGGCACCUAGCCCAAUCAAAGAUGAUGAAAAAGCGCCAAGCCCUAUCAAGGACGUUGAGAAGGCACCAAGCCCAAUCAAAGAUGACGAGAAGGCGCCAAGCCCUAUCAAGGACGAUGAGAAGGCACCAAGUCCUAUUAAAGAAGAUGAGAAGGCGCCAAGCCCAAUCAAAAAAGACGAGAAGGCACCAAGUCCUAUUAAACAAGAUGAGAAGGCGCCGAGCCCCGUCAAGGACGACGAGAAGGCACCAAGCCUAAUCAAAGAAGAUGAGAAGGCACCGAGUCCUGUCAAGGACGUUGAGAAGGCACCAAGCCCAAUCAAAGAAGAUGAGAAGGCGCCAAGUCCUAUUAAACAAGAUAAGAAGGCGCCGAGCUCUAUCAAGGAUGAUGAGAAGGCACCAAGCCUAAUCAAAGAAGAUGAGAAGGCGCCGAGUCCUGUCGAGGACGUUGAGAAGGCAUCAAGCCCAAUCAAAGAUGACGAGAAGGCGCCGAGCCCUGUCAAGGACGACGAGAAGGCAUCAAGCCCAAUCAAAGAAUAUAAGGAAGCGCCGAGCCCUGUCCAGGACGAUGAGAAAGUACCAGCUCGUAUCGAAGAAGAUGACAAAGCACCGAGCCUAAUCGAUACUGUUGAGAAAGAACCAAAAUCAAUUUAUCUUGAUAAGAAAGAUACAAGCCUGGGUCACUUUGAUGCCAUCAAAAUUCAGUCAUUUGAUCAAACAGAAGAAGAGAGUACAAUGAAGAAAUUGGUUGAAAGUAAUUUUACAAGUGCCGUAACAACCGCUACUUCAGAGGACGUUAUUACACAUAAAGACCUGGUUUCGACGUUUUUGGAUAUGGAACGACAACUCAUCAGCAGUACAAAAACAACUGUAUUUAGUCAACUUGAACAGAUAAUACCAAGCUCUACUGAUAUUAAGGACAAGGAACAAGUGCCUAUCAACGAUGUUCUGAAGGAACCGAGUCACAUCAAGGACGAUGAGAAGGCACCAAGCCUAAUCAAAGAAGAGGAGAAGGCAUCGAGCCUUAUCAUAGGCGAAGACAAAGUACCAAGCCCAAUCAAAAAAGACGAGAAGGUGCCAAGCGCAAUCAAAGAUGUUGAAAAGGUACCAAUUUCUAUCAAAGACAAAGGAAAGUCGUCAAGCCCAAUCGAAGUUGUUGAGAAAGAACCAAUGCACAUCACAAGUGAUCAGAAGGCACCAAGUCCUUUCAAGGUUGACGAGAAGGCGCCAAGCCCAAUCAAAGAUGAUAAGGCACCAGUAUAUAUAAAAGAUGAUACCGAGGCGCCAAGCCCCAUUAAAGAUGAACAGAAACCACUAGUCUCUGCCAAAGACGAUGAGAGCGCACCUGUUUCUGUCGAGAAAGCCGAGAAGGCACCGAGCCCUGCAAAAGAUGAGGAGAAGGCACCAAGUCCUAUCAAGGUUGACGAGAAGGCUCCAAGCCCUGUCAAAGAUGAUGAAAAGGUAACAGUUUCUAUCAAAGACAAAGCAAAAGCGCCAAGCCCGAUCGAAGUUAUUGAAAAAGAGCCAAUGACCAUUAAAUUGGAUGAGAAGGUGCCGAGCUCUAUCAAAGGUGAUGACAGGGUGCCAGUUUCUAUCAAAGACAAAGCAAAAGCGCCAAGCCCGAUCAAAGUUGUUGAAAAAGAGCCAAUGACCAUCAAAACGGACGAGAAGGUUGCGAGCUCUAUCAAAGGUGAUGAAACGGUGCCAGUUUUUACCAAAGACGAAGAAAAGGUGACAAGCCAAAUCGAAGUUGUUGAAAAAGAGUCAAUGCCCAUCAAAAUCGAUGAGAAGGUGCCUAGCCCUAUAAAAGACGACGAGAAGGCGCCAAGCCCUAUCAAGGUUAACGAGAAGGCUCCGAGCCCUGUCAAAGAUGAUGAAAAGGUACCAGUUUCUAUUAAAGACAAAGCAAAAGCGCCAAGCCCGAUCGAAGUUGUUGAAAAAGAGCCAAUGCCGAUCAAAACGGAUGAGAAGACGCCGAUAGAUGACACCAUGGUGCCAAGUCCCAUCAAAGAUGAACAGAAGCCACCAAGCCCUGUCAAAGGCGAUGAGAGCGCACCUGUUUCUAUCGAGAAGGCACCGAGCCCUGCAAAAUUUGAUGAAAAAGUACCAGUUUCUAUCAAAGACGAAGAAAAGACACCAAGCCCAAUUGAAGUUAUUGAGAUAGAACUAAAGCCCAUCAAAAAGGAUGAGAGGGUGCGAAGCCCUGUCAAGGUUGAUGAGAAGGCACGAAGCUUUAUCAAAGACUAUGAGAGCGCACAGGUUUCUACUAAAGAUGAUGAUAGGGUACCAAUGACUAUCAAAGAUGAUGAAAAGACACCAAGCCCUAUCAAAAGUGAUGAGAAAGCAUCGAGUCCUAUCAAAGGUGAUGAAAAGGAACGAAUGCCCAUCAAAGAGGAUGAAAAAACACUAAGCCCAACUGAACUAGUCAUAAAAGUGCCUACGCAAACCAAUGAUGUUGGCAAAGCUACAAUUCCUAUAAAAGAUGCUGAGAAGACACCAGUGCAAAUUAAAAAUGUGGACAAGUUACAUAGCUCUACCGGAGAUGAGGAGAAGAAACCAACUCCUCUCAAAGAUCAGGUGAACGAGCCACUCCCACUGCCUGUGAAGUCAGAUAAGCAUCUACUAAAACAAAUCAAUGAGAAGAUCGUUGCUUCUGAAGAGCUUCCUGAAAAUACACAAAGCCUACUCUACGAACAAAAGUCUGAAACAAAAACAAAACCAUUAGUUUCAAAUAAGCAAACGUCCCAUGGAAGAGAUGGAAGUGAAACAUGUUACAAAGAGAAUGGCUUCGCUUUGCACGAUGAUACACCAACGUUUGUUGAAGAAUCAACGAAGUUGGACCUGUCUUUGAUGAAACUAGAUUUCGGUCCAGAUAAAAUUGUAUCUAAGGAAAAGACGACAUCAAAAUCAACCAACGACAUCAAAUCUGAUGUCACUGCGGCUAAGGAUAAAACAAGUGUGGAAAAGUCAUCUGAGCACCUAGAUGCUACGAAAAAAGGGUCUGCUUCAGAAUUAGAGCUAUUAAAGGACAAUACGACUUCUGAAAAUGAUUCCUUAACUCAAUUUUCUGACAUGAAACGAAAAACAACCGAUACAAUACAAAAAAUUAGCUUUACCGCAUUUGAAAAAACGUCAUCGCUACAAGAAGGUGAAAAGUCUAUGAGUGCUGAUAAAAUUGAACUUCUCACUGAAGCAGCAGAAAAAACAGCUUCACUUAAAUUGAAAGAUUCUAUUGAACUAAGUUCCAAAGAGGCAUUGACGAAAUCGGUUUCGACUGACUCAGAAAAAUGUCAAGACAAAGAAAUUCAUAAGAUUGAAACUGAAAUAUUCUAUGAGAAACCAGCUUAUUAUCAUUCAACUGGAGAUGAAGUCACAAACAAAAUAACAAAUGGUACACAAAAAAAAGUUACCACCAUCGAUGAUUUCUCUUUACCUAUUCUACAGUCUGAAGUAUCUCUCAGCAAUGUUCCCGCAGAAGAACGUGAUCAAGAGAGAGAAAGGCAGGCCGAUGGAGUGAACGAUAAAGAAUUGGCUCCAAAAGAACUGAAGAUUAUUUCUAGGUUGGAAAUUGAUUCAGAAAAACAAGACGACAAGGUAAAAGGCAUUGAAGAAAUUUGUGUUCAUGCAACAGAAUCAGAACUAGAUAUUAUGCGAAAUUAUAAUGAGGAGGAUUCUAAUUUUAGUAAAAAAACAAUCACAAAAAAGAAGGUCCCAGUUCAAUUAAGCGAACAGAUAGAGAUAGUGGGAAAAGAUAAAAUCCUGCCAGAAUUCGAUGAAUCAAACCAACUUCCAAAACCAGUAAAAAUUAUUGAUAAAAAAGAAAAAACAAUUGCAAAAAGCACAUUAGAUAUCAUUUCUGACCCACUUGAUGUAAAGCAAGUACGUUUAGAAAAAGAUAUUUCUAGUUCCGAUUCAUGUUUCGUCGAUGGUGUGAAACAAAAAGUAAAUAAAAUUGAUGAAACAGAUAUUAAGCAAGUGGAUCUUGAAAACCUCGAAAAGGCUGUUAGCUCUGACACGACGGACAAAAUUGUUCCCAGUUCCACGGAUAGUAAAGGAAAAGCACCCGAAAAAUCUGAUGAUAAAUUACCAAGUUCAAUAAUAUCCGACCCGAAGGAGCCAAGUCCCAACAAGUUUGAUUCGGUGGUACUAAGCGCAGAUAAGCCUGAUAAGGAAACACCUAGCUUAGAGAAACCUGAUCAAAAAGCAUCUAAGCCAGAACAAUCAAUACCCGAUGGCCAGAAAUAUAGCCAUGAUAAAGCUCCGCAAAAGGAAGCAACAGUGAAGGAUUUGACAUAUGAAGAACAAGGUGUUGACGAAUCACUAACUGAAUCUAAAGUAACCACGAUCAAAAAAUUAGUUAAAGAAAGACCACUUCUGUCCGAAACAGAAUCCACACAAAAGGUACAAGACUGUCACACUUCAAAUGUAUUGGUACGUGAGGGUAGUUCCGAGGAUGUUUCUAAGGAUAUUAGUCUGGAAGAAAAACAUAGCUUUGAAACUAGUGAAAAAAAGACUGUUAAGCUUGAUGCUGAUUCACUUCUUAUGGAAAGCAGUAGUACUGUUUUAGAUUCUGUUCAACACACUCAAGAAACAGAGUCGUUCACAUUAUUCCCAGAAUCAAAAUCUAAAUAUGAAAGCAAAAUAUUAACAAGGACUGAACUCGGGUCUUCAAAGGAAGAAAUUGCAUUUUCAGAGACAUCUGAUUCUGGUGUACAUAGCAUUUUAAUGGAUGUCGAUCACACAGCAUCCGGUUCCGAUGAACCUUGGGUUGAUCAAUUAACAAAACAUAGUGCUGUCCGCCUAAUGGAAUCUAUUAAUAAAGCUUUCGAGAUGGAAACUGUACAGCAAGGUAUUAAAGUAGAAAAUAUUGAACCUUUGGUUGCAAGGCCAGAUAUCGAAAGGAUGUCUACUCCGCCCACAGUACCUGUCAGUCCACUGCCUAAAACUCCUAGUAACUUCCAAGACAUCAAAAUAUCUGAUGGAAUCCAAAGCGAAGUUACAUACGAUAAAUCGGAAGAUAGUGAAGAAACAAUAACCAAAGUAGUACACGUUGGUGAAGAUGUUCUGACACAAAAAAUAUCUACGUCAACAGAAAAAGUUCCCAAAUUACCUAAAUCCUCCGUCGAAACUGAUGAUGACUCAGACGCCAUAGCUCUCAUACAGACAGUAGGCAAAAUUCAAACUGAAACCGACACGGUCACUAAAAUAAUCAAAGAAGGUGAAAAUGUUGUAACGCAAACAAUAACAACGGUUACAACAAAAGAAAUAAUUUCUAGAGAAGACGGGACACCGCAGAACAUCAAAACAACAAUUGAAACAACAACACUAAGUAAGGGGCAAGACGGAUCAACAACUACAACAAAAGAUACAGAAACUCUAGUUUCGGAAUGUUCGUCAAGUCUUAGAUCUACAUCUCAGUUGGACAUGUACUCAACGGAGAGCCGAUCGGACUAUACUGAAACUACUGAAAAAUCGGAUACAUUAGGUAGUUUCCAACUGAAAUUUACUAGUGAGAAAGAACAGGAUGCAUCAAGAACUCUUGUUGGCGAAGUCGACGAGUUAGAUGACAAUAUUGAGGACACCAUAAUUGACACUGACGUCAGCAAGAGGAUUAUAAAAGAAAAUAAUAUUGAUAUAGUUGAAACGAUCACUACAAUUACCAAAAAAGAAACUGUUAGAAUUGAUGAUAGCAAAAAAAUAUUAAGGACAACAAUUGAAACCAAUGUUACAAAGGAGUACCCAGACGGUUCAAAAGAUGUCCAAAGAAACGUUGAUGUCAAAACUGAAGAAUUAAUCAUGGAUUCUACAACAAACCUCGAUAAAAUACUAACAAAUUUUACCAUCUUCGGUGAACCAGAGGAAAGUAUUACAACAAAAACGGAAGAAAUUAAACAAGAAGAUUUUAUUAUCAAACGAACAAUAGUCACUAGGAUUAUCAAAACAAAAUACGCUGAUAAAGAUGGGAUACCGCGGAAAAUAAAGACGUUUACAUCUGUUACAACCACUGACGCUUAUCCCGAUGGAUCGGCUCGCACUAAAGUAAAUUCUAACACUACCUUGACCGAAAUCAAUGAUGAGAUAGCUUCGAAUUACGAACUACAAGGUUUUACUGUAAUUGAAGACAAAGUUGUCGAAAGAAACGUCCAAGAUAAAUAUGUAGUCAUUAAUGGUAAAAAUGUAUUACAAACGAUAACAAUAACUACAACGAAAGAGUUAUUAACAAAUAAAGAUAAAAUAAAGAAAAAGAUUAGAACCACUGUCGAAACGGUGACAGAAACACACCUUCCUAAUGGCAUGACUGAAGUCACCAGAGAUUUGAAGGUCUCAAUUUCUGAUCAUAGUCAUGAAAGCUUCGAUGAAGCAUUCGAUGGUUUCGUCCAAUCCACUGAACCUCUAAUUGAGACAUCAGUGACUGAAGAUUCUAUUGAAGAAAACGGAGAGAAAAUAAAAAGGAAAACCUACACUACAACUACUAUUAAGAAAUACGUAAAUGCGUUAAAACGUAUAGAAAGAACUCAAACAAUUGUCAAAGUUGUUACUGAAGAUGAGCAUCUUGAUGGUUCGGUCAUAACUAAGACAAGUGAAAAGGUGUCUUUGGUCGAUGAUAUCGUGGACAAAAUUCAAAAUGGACAUCUUGAUAGGAAUGAGACGGAAGAUUCAUUCAAAAAGCCAGAACGUCAGGAUGACAAAGUACUAGGUCAACAAGCGGAAAAAGUAGAAGAUGACGGUGACCUUCUGAUCCAGGAAUCUAAAAUUGAUGCAGCUCUAAAAGAUUUAACUCCUACUGACGAACCAGAGGUGACUGAAACGACAAGCAUAGAAGAAAUCAAAGAAAAAGAUUUCAUCAUCCAUAGAGAAAUUAUCACAAGAAUAGUGAAAAUCAAAUACGCUGAUAAAUCAGGGAUGUUGAAAAAAUUGAGGACUACGACGACAGUUAAAACAACUGAUAAGUAUCCUGAUGGUAGUGCAAGAACACAAACAGAAAGUAAUACUACCCUUACAACGAUAGGCACCGGUGAGUCUGAUGAAGAUUUAGAAGGAUUUAUACCUGCAGGCGAGCCGCGGCAAAGUAUUAAAACACAAAUAAAUUCUAUGAUUGAAAACAACAUCGAAGUUUUGAGGAAAGUUACAGUUACAACGGUUGAACAUGAGUUUAUCAACAUGCAAAGAAAAAUUAAGCGACUCAAGACUAUUGUAAAAACAGAUAUAGAAGACCAACAUCCAGACGGUUCUGUAUUUUCAAAGACAAGUGAAAAGGUUUAUAUUGUAGAUGAAAAUCUGGUGUCUUUAAACGACAGUGACAUUGCUGUAUCUGAAACAGCAAACAUUGAAAAAGCUCUUGAAAAUCUGACAGCAGAAGGUAAAGUAGAAGAGACAGAAUCCACUCAGACAGAGGAAGUCAAAGAAAAUCAUGUUAUAAUCAAGAGAACUAUCGUAACUCGCAUAGCAAAGACAAAAUAUGUAGACGAUGAAGGAAUUGUUAGAAAAAUCAAAGUGGUGACGAUGAUCACAACUACGGAUCAAUAUCCAGAUGGUUUGAUUCGUACUAAUGUCGAAACCAGCACUUCAGUUAAGGAAAUUGAUGAAUCAAAGGUCGAAUUUGAUAUCCAAAAGGCGGAAAGCUCUUACCUAAAAUCAUCACCAGUAAAAGAGGAAGUGACCCCUGAAGAUGAAAAAAUAAAGAUAGCGCUCAAAGAUUUAGUACCGUUCGACGAACCUGAAGUGAUAGAGACAUCGGAAACACAAGAAAUUGUAGAGAAAGAAACAAUCAUUCGCCGACUCAUCGUCACUAAGAUAGUCAGAAUAAAAUAUGCUGAUAGCAAAGGAGUUCUAAGAAAACUUAAAGAAACCACCACGAUUACGAAAACGGAUACCUACCCUGACGGUUCCUCGCGUACUGGAGUAGAGAGCAGCACAGUACUCUCCGAUAUAAAUCACGAUGAAGUAGACAUUGUAGGGGAAAACCUAGAUGGAUUUGAAGAAGCAGGUGAACCAAAAGUACAUACAACUACUGAAAUUGAUGUAAUCACUGAGAACGGUAUCCUAAUUACACGAAAAACUACAACAACCACAAUAGUUAAAGAAUUCCAUAAUUUCACAAAUAACAUCAUGCUAACAAAAACGACUGUGAAAACUGCAAUAGCAGAUGAAUAUCCAGAUGGAUCCAUUAUAACUAAAACAAGCGAAAAAGUAUCUCUCACUGAAGAAACUCUUUAUACACAGCAGGACGAAGAAGACUCAGUCGAGAGAAAUAAAGUCGUAGCUGCUCUUCAACACCUUACUCCUGCUGACAAGCCAGAGGUGUCGGAAACGACUAGAGUAGAAGAGAUCAAAGAUGGAAAACACGUUAUAAAGAGAAAUAUAUUGACUAAAAUCGAAAAAACAAAGUAUUGUGAUAAAGAAGGUAAAAUUAUAAAACAGAAAACUGUUACAACUGUUACCACUGCUGAUCACUAUCCUGAUGGCUCGAUUCGUACAACUGUAGAUACUAGUACAUCUGUGAGUGAUAUGCAAUUAGACGAUAUGCCUCAGACACAAGCUUUGGAUGAAUUUACUAAUUUAGAAGACAAAUCAGUCAGUGUACGAACUGAUGAAAAUUUGACGGUUAGAGAUGGUAAAGAAGUAAAGCAAAUAAUAACGACAACAACUACUAAAGAAGUAUUGGCAUCGGCAGAUGAAUCUAAAAAGAAAAUUCGAACGACAACUGAAGUCAUUACUGAGACGAAACUCCCGACAGGAGUGACUGAAGUUACAAAAGAUGUCAAAGUUUCAGUCGCUGAUUAUGGCGUAGAAAUGUUUGAUGAAAAUCUUACCGGAUACACAGAAGUUGGCGAACCAAAGGAACACACAACUAUGGAAACAGAGCAUAUUAAAAGCAACGGCCUCGAUAUCAUUAGGAAAAUAGCAGUAACAACUAUUCGACAAGAAUAUGAGAAUACUUCGAUUAGAUCCCGAAAAAUAAAAACUAAUGUUAAAACGGUAGUUGAAGACGAAUACCCUGAUGGAACUGUUAUAACUAAAAAAAGCGAAAAAGUGUCUAUUGCUGACGUUUUUUUGAAAACUCCAGCUGCAGAAACUGAGGCAGAUGAUACUGAGCAUCAAGACUCCUAUAUAGAUGACAAUGAAAUCGUAGAAGAUACAACAGAGGAAUCUGACGUCAAAAAUGAAACGAUUCAACAGGGAUCUUUAAUAAUUAAACGAAUAAUAACCACGAAAACUAAACGUGAAACAUUGGCUAGUAAUGAUGUAAAUGUCAAACGCGUUAGAACUACUGUAGAAACUGUGACGGUUGAUGAAUACCCUGACGGUUCGACAGAGACCACUAAGGAUGUGAAGAUCACCAUUUCUGAAUUCCAGAAAACAUCGGGCAGCGACUUGCAGGCCGCACUACAAGGACUCAACCCUACUGGUAAAAUUAAAACAUCUGUUGAUAAGAAAACAAAUGUUAUAAUGGAAAGCGGAAUGAGAAUAACGCAGACUAUUACCACCUAUGUUACCAAAGAAGAACUAAAAAAUGAUAAUACAAAUGAAAUCGCAGUCAAAACUGUUACAGAAACUAUUACGGAGAACGCUAAAGACGAUGGUACUGUUGAAACUACUAAAGACGUUCGAACACAAAUCACAUACCUGCCUAUUGGCACCGGGCUUGACGAUUGGUCUCCAGAAGAGCUAGAGGAAAUCGAAAAGCAACCAGUGGCCCAAGAAGAAAAACCAAAAGUAGAAGAUCUCCCACUUAAACUAAAACCAGAGACCAAAGUUGAAAGCAAACAGAAAAAGCAGCGGUCACCUGUAGGCGAAAUUACCACUGAAACGGAUACAUAUACGAAAAUAGUCAAAGAAGGUGAAAAUGAAAUUACACAAACUAUAACUGUGGUGACAACCAAAGAGGUGAUCAGUCCAGAGAAAAUCAAAAUAACGGUCGAAACUACGACAGUCAGUAAGGGUAGCGACGGGGUUAUUAAAACAACCAAAUCAACUAAGACUACCAUUUCGGAAAUCAAAGAAGAAUACGAAGAGAUAAUCGACACUGGUGAAAGUGAGAAAUCUUUUUCGAAACUUUCAUCUAAGACUGGCGACAUGAGGAGUUCGUCCGCUGCAAGUGACGAUUUAGAUCACCCAGGUACGUCUUCCCCAUCAGACAUCAGUUCCAGGGGUUCAAGAGCUGCUACGCAUUUUUGGGGUACGGAAAGUAGUGGUAUUUAUUACAGUGACGACGACGGACAAGCUAGUCCCAGCAGUACUAAGUCACAGAUUGCGCAUUCUCCACGAUCAAAUCUUAGCUUCGAGUUAGAUGCUAAACAGCUUCAACAACUUGACGACAAGGAUAUGGAUACCGCAUUACAUAAAGACCCAAUGUCCUCCUCAAUUUAUGGACAACUACCAGAAGAUGAUUCCUGUGCGUCUUCGUCUCAUUCAGACGUUAAAAGUGUAGUUGAGAAAAGUGUUACGAAAAAGACAGAAGAAUUCUUGACACAGGAGAAACUUAAAUCAGAUGUUGUAGUGCUCAAGAAAUCAGAUGCUACCUUCUUGAAGGAGGCCGAUGAACACUUUGAGAAAGCUAUCGAAGAACAUAAGAAGGUGAGUGGUUCUGAUGUAAUCUCAAGUAUCACAGCCAAAUACGAACUUGACACACGGUCCCGCUCAAGUUCAAGCAAAACGACAUCAAAAGAAGAAAGCAUUACGUUGAAAGACAUUAAAACCGAGACUAAAAAAUCCACUGAAACAUCUUCUAGUCACAGCAAAAAGUCUUCGACGGAAAGAUUUGAACAAAGCAGUAAAACUUUUGACAAAGAUCCGAUCGAGUCUUGGGGGAAACCUCUCGGCCUACCUAGUCCGAUUAUGCCGCCAAAUCAGCAUGACAGCAAAAGUACUCCGAAAAAACAAAAUCCCAGCUCUACAAUUUUGAACAAGAAUAAACUAAACCAAGAGAAAAGCAAAGAAGCUAAGAGAGCGUCAGAGUCUCCUAGCAAGAAGAAGACGCCAGCUCCAGUCUACAUGGAGCUAACUUACGUUCCUCAUCACGGCAACUCAUAUUACUCUGCCGUGGAAUUCUUCAAACGAGUCCGCGCACGUUAUUAUGUUUUCUCCGGAACUGAACCUUCGAAAGAAAUUUACAACGCCCUUCUUGACGCCAAAAAGACUUGGGAGGAUAAAGAUUUGGAAGUGACCAUAAUCCCCACAUAUGACACCGACGUCCUGGGCUACUGGGUGACGGAGAAUGAGGAAGCCUUGGAGAAGUACAAGAUCGACCUGUCUCCCUCUGCUUCACGCUGCACCAUAAACCUGCAAGAUCACGAGACCUCGUGCGCGGCCUAUCGCCUUGAGUUUUAGGUGCCGGGUCUAUUUGUGGCCUUCUCAUCGAAGAAGUAAUUCUCACUAAAACUCCACGACUGUUCUAGAACGGGGGUACCAAAGAGUUUUCUUUUUGUAGGGAUUUAUUCGUCUGUGAUAAUGCUGGAAGGUUCUAGAGCCGAGUCGUGGGGCGAGAACUCUUCUUCGCAUGAGGGUCCGCAAAUAGAUUGUGUUUGUGAUAACGCAAUGAACAGACUGCUAAUGAGUUUGAUAUGAAAUCUUAGUUUUAUAGAAAUUGAUGGAGUUAUACGAAGUAGUGCUGCCGUUGAUGUGUUUAGUGAUGUUGUUCCAAUUCAUGUCCUCGACCGAAUCCAGUUGAAGAGUAAAAACCGAUUUUCGACCUAAAUACAAAACGGAAACGUCCAUUUUUUUCUAAAUCACUUUUGUCAAGUAGCUUCGUUGAAUGGUAUUUUGAAAGAUUUGGUCUUAUAUUGAAACAGUAGAGCUUUUAUAUAUGAAAUAUUUAGCUUGUCCAGUCCAUUUUGUUUAGCCGAAACACCGCUUGGCGUGACGAAAAUACGAUUUAAAAAUGUAAAAAAAAAUAAUUAAUAAAAACAAUUAUUUUGCUAUCGCAUUGUGAGGUUUUGAAUAGUAUACUGUAAUUUGAAAUUAGCUGAAAACGCUGUAAAAAUAUUUCGUUUCAGAAUUUUCAUGAUGGACACGUGUUUAAUAUUAAAAUGUCGGAUAUGAACUGGCUAGCCUUGACGCACAUUUAUGUCAAGGUUCGUUCUAGUAAUAAAUAUAGGGGAAUGUCUGAAAGACAUUUGUUAGCGAAACCAGAACAUACAAGGUCAUCACUCUUAAAGGUGACAUAUUAUGAAUAUUCUAUCUAGAAUUACGGAGGCGUUAUUAUCUAAUACAGUUUCCAAACAAAGAACAGUUAAUUAACAUCUACAAUCGAAAUCAUAAAUUGUGAUGGAAUUUACGUGUUGAUUCGAUUCACUUUUUUCUCAUACGAAUCAAAUUCGUUCAGGAAAUGCCUGUAACUUGGAUGAGUUUGAAACGUAUGUGAGAUCUGUCGAGUUUUAUCAACGCAAGUGACGAUUGACCUUUGUGAUUGGAGACGAACUAUGAGCCUAAAUUAUAGAGAGCUUAUCCAAAUGUUUAGUAGAACUAUAUAGAAGAAUCAAUUCGUUUUGAAGUUACUUGCUUGUUACGUCUAGUAUGAAAACUAUAAAUAUAUGGAUUUAUGUUGUUGAUUUGAUGAAAAAUGUUUUCUCUGUCUAAUAUUUAAUGAGAUGUCGUUGUCUCUCUGUUAUUAUGAUUGGCCAUUUGUAUUUUAUGAUCAGUUGUAUUUUUGUGUAUUUUUUUUUUUUUCAAAUUUCUAGUCUAGUUACCCAAAUGUUGGCGAAUUUGGUUCGUCAUUGUUCCUAUUUAAUUUCGACAUGUAUUUCUCAAUUGAUUUCGAUUUUUUUAAACCCCGAUAAAUAUAUCUUUAGGAAUUUAGAAAUGUUUUUUUUUUAAUGUUUAACAUACAUGAAUGGUGCGUGAAUGUAAUCAUAAUUCACUAUAAGCCUUCCGAUUAAUUUUGAAUUGCCAAAAAUACCCCUCGAAUCUAACGUCAAUUAAUUUAUAAGCCGUAAUGUUUCAAGCGAUCGCUCGAACAUCGCUUCUUUGUAUUGCCUACCAAACUUAUUGUAGUUUCAAUAUUAUAACAUUAUCUCAUAAAAAUACACCAGCACAAUCAAAAAAAUAAAAAAUAAAGAACAAAUUAAAUAUACACAUUAACUUCAGAUAAAUGUAUGAAUGGGAUUUUAUUUUAUAGUAAAUUAUAUAUAUUUAAUAUUUAUGUCAUAUAGGUUUGAUUGAUGUGAGCACAAUAUGUAUGUUAUGUGUUUAAAUGCUUCUCGCUAUCGGGAGGAGACUACAGGGAAGUGAAAUACCUAAUGAGACGGAAUCUGAGCCGAUGUCGGAACUAAACAACUUGGCUAUGCCGACACUACGCUUCGCUUAAAGCUGUGAUAUCCAAUCACCGGCUACGCAAGCAAGAUUAUUGACCUUGAAUUUAAAUUAUGGCAUAUUUCGGGCAUCGGCAAGGACAGGCUUUGUUAUGAUUUGAAAGAUGGCUUCUUUUCUUCCGGGUCGCAUCGCCCGAUUUUACAUUAUUGUACUUUAUAGCUAGAACUCUAAAUAAUGCAUAAUAUUAGGAGUUUAAACGUGUUACUAUUAUCUAAGAAUUGUAUCAGCUUAGUGAACAUCAAUAGCUCUAUGAGAAUCAAAAUUAUUAAAUAAAUAAUCAUUAUUGAAAUUA